AAUUAUAGUUGUCGCUGCAGAGGACACUUCGUUCAGGACCUGCAGCUCUGUAGAGACACACGGAGCAGACAAUUAUCGAUCUGUGUGAGGAGAAAACAGGAGAAAGUGUUCAGCAUUACUGGCAGGUGAAGCGAGGUUGAGUCUCAGUCCUGUCCAGGAUGAGACGUGUCCGGGUUUGUGUGGUGGGAGCAGGCGUGAUCGGCUUCUCCACCGCUGUCUGCGUCGCCGAGGCUCUUCCCUUCUGCUCCGUCACGCUGCUGGCUGACAAGUUCAGUCCGGACACCACCAGCGAUGGAGCUGCCGGGAUCCUGUUUGCUGCAAAGUUUCCAGAUAUUCCUUUGGAAAGGCAAAAACGCUGGUUCAAGGACAGCUUUGAUCACCUGUUGGACAUUGCUCAAUCCCAACACUCACCUGAAGCUGGAGUCAUGCUGAGCUCUGGCUGGCAAAUCUUCAAGGAGGUUCCAGCCGAUAAGAAGCCCUUCUGGGCAGAUUCUGUGAUCGGCUUUCGAUUCAUGACGGAGGGGGAACUGAAGAGGUUUCCAGAUCACAAGUUCGGCCAGGCGUUCACCACCAUAAAAUGUGAAUGUUCCAGCUACCUGCCGUGGCUCGAGAAGAGGUUCAGAGAAGCUGGAGGCAGCGUGGAGCAGAGGAAGGUCGACAGUCUUCAGGAACUGGGCAGCAGCUAUGACAUCAUCGUCAACUGCUCCGGCCUGGGCUCCAAAACGCUGGUGCACGACAACCAGGUGUACCCGGUCAGAGGCCAGGUCCUCAAGGUGGAGGCCCCCUGGCUGCAGCACUUCAUCAGAGAUGGAGACGGUAAGACCUACAUCUACCCCGGCAUCCACAGCGUCACUGUGGGCGGCACGAGGCAGGAGCAGGACUGGAGACUACAGGUGGACGACGGAGACACCAGGAGCAUCCUGGAGCGCUGCAGCAGGCUGGAGCCGUCGCUCAGCAAAGCCAGAGUUCUCAGCAAGUGGGUCGGUCUGAGGCCGAGCAGGAGGAACCCGAGGGUGGAGAGGGAGCUGGUGAAGCUGCAGGGUCGCAGGGUGCCCGUGGUCCACAACUACGGUCACGGAGGCUGGGGAGUCACCCUCGCCUGGGGCUCGGCUCUGGACGCACUGGGGCUGGUCAGGCAGUGCCUUGAUGAAAUGCGGCUACAGGCUAAACUAUGAGUAAACUACUCCAAGAUAACACUGAAUCAUAAUACAGACAGGCAGAGUUAAACCACUGACAGACAACUAAUCAAAACUCAGUGAAACUAUGAAGGAUUUGCACCAGAUUUUACAUUUAACACAGUUUAUGAGAGGAAAUGAUUAAUAUGAAAAAUGCAAAGAUAACAGUGAUGAUUUACUGGAACUCGUGAAGAGAGAAUGCUGCUCUUUAAUUUCUACUUUGUGCCAAUAACAGCUGCCUUUAACUACAGAGAAGAUCAACUCACUUCAAACAGACCUCAGUUUAUUUUUGUCAACAGUGAUUAAAAGCUGUGUGAGCAUUUUUUUUACAAUGUAUAUAGAAAAGAAAGCUUUAUUAAUUAAAUUAAAAAACAGGAAAAUACUGUACACAACUCACUGAUAUGAAAUAAACAAUUUGAAAGAGGAA